GCUGCGAACGAGCUGCUCGAGAGUUUGCUCAUGAGGCAGGAAAUGAACCGGGGCAGGCGGGAGCGGGAGCAGGAGCGAGAGCGCCCUCGGGGAGCACGGCCCGCGCCUCGGGGGGCUCCGCGCCGCGCCCCGCAGGGUCCCCGCGCCCCCGGCGGGAUGGGCAGGACGUGAGGAGGGAGUCUAGGAGGGAGUCUGCCAGGGAAUGGGGGUCUGAGAGGGGCCGGGCAUCACCUCCUGCCAACAGGCACCAUGGGCUGCUGCUGCAGCUCAGACUAUGACGAGGACUGGAUCGAGAACAUCGACAUCUGUGAGCACUGCAAUUACCCCAUCGACUCCGACAGCAAGAACCAGAGGCUGAUCCGCAAUGGCUCCGAGGCGCAAGACCCUCUGGUGUCCUACGAGUCCACGUCCCCGCCGUGCUCCCCCAUGCAAGAUAAGCUGGUGGUGGCCCUGUACAACUACGAGCCCAAGCACGAUGGGGACCUGCGGCUGCGGAAGGGAGAGAAGCUCCGUGUCCUGGAGGAGAAUGGGGAGUGGUGGAAGGCACAGUCGCUCACCACCGGCCAGGAGGGAUUGAUCCCCUACAACUUCGUGGCCUUGGUGAACAGCCUGGAGCCCGAGCCGUGGUUCUUCAAGAACAUCAGCCGCAAGGACGCCGAGCGGCAGCUCCUGGCGUCGGGCAACACGCACGGCUCCUUCCUCAUCCGGGAGAGCGAGACCUCCAAAGGCUCGUACUCACUGUCCGUGCGGGACCUGGAUGAGACCCAGGGGGAGACGGUGAAGCACUACAAGAUCCGGAACAUGGACAACGGCGGCUUCUACAUCUCCCCCCGCGUCCCCUUCAGCAGCCUCAGGGAGCUGGUGCAGCACUACACACGCAGCUCCGACGGGCUCUGCACCCGCCUGGGCAAACCCUGCCGGACGCAGAAGCCGCAGAAGCCGUGGUGGCAGGAUGAGUGGGAGGUGCCCAGGGAGUCCCUGAAGCUGGUGGAGAAGCUGGGAGCGGGGCAGUUCGGAGAGGUCUGGAUGGGCUUCUACAACGGGCACACGAAGGUGGCUGUGAAGAGCCUGAAGGCGGGCAGCAUGUCCCCCAGCGCCUUCCUGGCCGAGGCCAACCUCAUGAAGAACCUGCAGCACCCGCGGCUGGUGCGGCUCUACGCCGUGGUCACCAAGGAGCCCAUCUACAUCAUCACCGAGUACAUGGAGAAGGGCAGCCUCGUGGACUUCCUCAAGACCUCGGAGGGAGUCAAGCUCGGCAUCAACAAGCUCCUGGACAUGGCUGCACAGAUUUCCGAAGGCAUGGCCUUUAUCGAGGCCAAGAACUACAUCCACCGUGACCUGAGGGCCGCCAACAUCCUCGUCUCGGAGGCGCUGUGCUGCAAAAUCGCCGAUUUCGGGCUGGCCCGGCUCAUCGAGGACAACGAGUACACGGCUCGAGAGGGGGCUAAAUUCCCCAUUAAGUGGACGGCGCCGGAGGCCAUUAAUUACGGGACGUUCACCAUCAAGUCGGACGUGUGGUCCUUCGGGAUCCUGCUCACCGAGAUCGUCACCUACGGCCGGAUCCCGUAUCCAGGGAUGACCAACCCCGAGGUGAUCCAGAACCUGGAGCGGGGGUACCGGAUGCCGCAGCCGGACAACUGCCCCGCGGAGCUGUACGAGCUGAUGAGGCAGUGCUGGAAGGAGAGCCCCGAGGAGCGCCCCACCUUCGAGUACAUGAAGAGUGUGCUCGAGGACUUCUUCACCGCCACCGAGGGCCAGUACCAGCAGGAGCCCUGAAGGGCCACAGGACCCACUCCCCCGUGUUGGGGUGCUGGGAGUGGUCCUUCUGCAUCAAACCCCCCCCGACUCCAUGAGCAUCACGGUGUUGGUGGACUCUCCCCAGGACCUCGGCAGUAAAGAUUUGGAGCGCUCCAGACUUUGGGAGCGGCAGAUUUCACCCCCCUCAGGAGGGGAUGGACGGCCAGGGCAGACCCCCAGCGGCAUCGGGCUGGCACGGGGGGCUCGGUGGGUGCCCACCACGUUUUUCCAGGGUGGAAAUGCAGCCUCCAGCUGCACAUGGAGCUGCCCAGGGGGCCCGGCAGCCCCUUGCCCUGCUCUGGCUGUGCCUCCUCCACCUCCCUGGUGAGGGGAGGAACCCCCCCAACAGCGAUGGCUGAGGCAUCCCUUGGCCGUGGGAUGCUCCUUCUUCUCCCCCCCCCCUCCAUGGCAUUUGCAGGACCCAUUUUGGGGGAAAUAAAGGCCUUUUCAGCGGCGGGGCCAGGCUGCCAUGGGAUGGGGUACAGGGAGUGAUGCCCACCAGGGAUGGACCCCACUAGGUGACACCCACCAGAGACGAAUCCCACUCUCACCAACCCACCCUGAGGGGGCUGCUGGAUCCCCCCAGAUCCUCCUGACCCCCGUGAGACCCCCCAAACCCCAUCCACAUGGAACAACCCGACCUUGGGGGGGGCUGCUGGACCCCCCCGACCCCCGCGAGA